AUGGUGUUAGGCAUGGACCAGCAGAUGCUCCACUUGAAUCUUGAGGAUCAUCGGCCCGUCAAUUAUGCAACCCUGAUGACGCCGCCGGAAGAGCGUGAUCUGAACCCACCAGCUCAUGAGUUGAAGCAAUCAUCUACGAAAAAAUCAAACAAUGAAAAUGAUCGAUGGGCUUUGAUUUACCGACAUACCCCCACUCCGACAAUUAUCCUGGAUGGCUCGUUGACAGUGGUGGAAACAUCCGAAAGUCACCAGAAAUUAUUCAAUCAUACACGAGAGCAUAUUUUGGGAACGAGUAUCUAUGAGCUACCAUCAGCAAUCGUGCCCGCACCGAAUAUCGCAUCUCUAAGUGGUGCUUUGGGGGCGGCGAUCGCAACCCGAAAGGCUCAGGUGAUCCACCAAGUCCGCAUUCCGGGCCAGGUGCACGCGUUAAGAGUAACACCAAUUUUUGACAAGGAUGAGUUGAUAUACGUGCUACUGGAAGCGCACGAGCAGAAGCAGGAUGUUCAAGGAUCUAAAAUACAUGAACACACCUAUCUGAAUGAGACGUACAAAAUCUUAAUCGAUACUGUCCGGGAUUAUGCGAUUUUCAUGCUCGAUGCGCGGGGUCACAUCGCGACCUGGAACUCCGGCGCAGCUAUUCUGAAAGGUUAUACCAGUGAGGAAAUUAUCGGCCAGCAUUUUUCAUUAUUUUACGGAAAGGAGGAUCGCCAGGCGAACAAGCCAGGACGGGAGCUUGAAGUAUGUUUGCGGGAAGGAAAGGUAGAAGAUGAAGGUUGGCGUUAUCGAAAGGAUGGAGGGCGGUUCUGGGCAAAUGUGAUGAUUACUGCCAUCUACCAAUCUGGCCGACAUGUCGGAUUUGUAAAGGUGACCCGGGAUCUAACAGAGCGCAAAGCAGCGGAGGCACGCUUGAUUGAUGCUUUCGAGGAGUCCUCCAAGAUUAAGGCCGAUUUCCUCGCUAACAUGUCGCAUGAAUUACGAACUCCGAUGAAUGGCAUGUUUUUGGCCUUGAGCAUGUUGACAGGGUCUCCUUUGAACGAAGAUCAGCGGGAAUAUGCCUCGAUUCUUGAAGAUUCAGCCUCAAUUCUCCUGCAACUUAUCAAUGACGUGUUGGAUUACUCAAAAUUAUCAUCCGGUUCCUUUUCUCUCACCACCGAUGUCUUGAAUGUACCCAGUGUGAUCAGUGCGGUUGUUCGAAAUUGUCGCCCUGCCAUAAAGACCGGAGUCGUUCUCAAAACGUCAAUCACCCCGAAUUUCCCUCAGAAUAUGAGGGGAGACCCCUUGCGCUUCCGUCAAGUUCUACAGAAUCUCGUGGGCAAUGCCGUGAAGUUCACAGAGGAUGGUUACAUCCAUAUCGACGCAUCUUAUUCGAAAGAUCCCCUCGAUCCCCGGUCUUACGUUAUCUCGGUCAAGGUCACGGAUUCGGGCAUUGGAAUUCCAGAGAACGCGGUCAAUACUCUAUUCACUCCUUUUACAAGAUUCGCGGACUCGGCAACGAAACGAUAUCAAGGAACCGGCUUGGGAUUGUCCAUCUGUAAAAGUUUGGCCGAACUCAUGGAUGGUGCGGUCGGGUUUCAUUCAAAUCCAGAUGGCCCUGGGAGUGUGUUCUGGAUGUCUACCAAAACGAUUGAUUCGCCAAUCACGCAAACAAGAGAGUUAAAACCGGUGAAACCUCCAACUGAAGACGCUACAGAGCGCCUCAAGAAGAUCGCGUCUCAGAAACAAAUUCUCCUAGUCGAAGACAACAAAGUGAAUCAAACAAUUAUGCUUAAGCUACUUGGAACGCUUGGGUUCGAGCGCGUGGAGGCAGCAUGGGAUGGCGCCGAGGCUGUUCGCAUGGUGAAGCAAAAGCCACUUGCUUACAAUGUUAUUCUCAUGGACAUCAAUAUGCCUGUCAUGAAUGGAAUGGUGGCUACUGAGAAGAUUCGGCAAAUGAAUGUCGAUGUCCCGAUUAUCGCUUUAACUGGAAAUGCUCUAAAGGGCGAUGCCGAAACAUACUUAGCAAAGGGCAUGGAUGACUAUAUUGCAAAACCACUGCACCGGCAACAGUUGGUGGACUUGCUUUGGAAGUGGUGCGGGUCAUAA